GUCUAGGUUCAAGGCUCUAAUAAAAAUAUGUAUCCUCGAAUUCUGGUUGAAGCUGUAAGUUCCCUUCAGACUAAUUUAUGUGAAUUCGCAGCUCGAACACAAACCUUUGGCAUUCAUCAAUACACGAAGAAGAUCCAUUAGCUAUAAAAGAAAUUCAAAAUCUCAAUCUUGCAAGUUUCUUAAGGAAAAAAAGGGGAAAUUCCGACCUGCCGGAUUCGAACCAGCGACCUAAGGAUGGCUAACAGGCCCUUCACCUUCUACAGUCCUCCGCUCUACCAACUGAGCUAAGGUCGGACGUGCUGUCUCUUUUGCAAUUUGACCUAAAUGAAUGUGGCAGGUUUUGUAGGGUUUAGCGGUCGACCAACCCCACUUAUAUAUUUUUGUCGUCUCGACUCGCAACUAGCAUCUGUGCGCUGUUGACGAUAGCGUUGAUUCUCCGGCUAUUCUAUUCCCAUUUUGGUUCUUGCUAAUGGCAGCUAUCCGUAUAUCCUUUCCUACCGAUUCCUUAAUCCCUUGAUUAUCAUCUCUUCUAAGUUUCCAUCAUUUAGCUAAUUACAGUGACCAAUCAAGGACCACCUUGAUCCGUCACCUCCUUCCUCCAUUUACACUCAUCGGUAUCCUCCUUUUUCUAUCUGGCUGAUCUUUUUCUCUCCUUUUUUGGCCUCAAAUUCGUCUACCUUUAUAUAGAAGUUUUGAUUGAAAAAUGGCAACAGCGGCCCAGCUCCGUUGCUCUGUAUCUGCAAAGCAAUACUCAAGUUCUUCCAAGAACGCCCGUGUCAACAAUCCCGGUUAUCCUCCUGUUUCUUUCCCAUUUUCCAAUUCUCGAAAUCAUUCGCUUCGCCUUCUUCCUCACCCGAAACCUUCCGGGCUUGAGUUUUCACACGGUGGAGGCAAUGGGAACAGCGGAAUAGGUCGGGGAUAUGGUGGUGGCGGCGGCGGGGGCGGGGGAAGUGGAGGAUGGAGUGGUGAUUCCAAUUUCGAGGAUUCAUCAGCUUCGCAAUUUGGGAUUCUUGGUUUUUUCCUGAACGGAUGGCGAUCAAGGGUGGCUGCUGAUCCACAGUUCCCCUUCAAGGUUCUGAUGGAGGAAUUGGUAGGUGUAUCUGCUUGUGUUCUUGGUGACAUGGCUUCUCGUCCUAAUUUUGGACUCGAUGAGCUCGACUUCGUUUUCUCGACUCUGGUCGUUGGUUCGAUAUUGAACUUCACCCUCAUGUACCUUUUGGCACCUACUGCGUCUGCUGCAAGCGCCAGUCUCCCUGGCGUCUUUGCUAAUUGCCCAACAAGCCACAUGUUUGAGCCCGGUGCUUUCACCCUCAUGAAUCGACUCGGUACUGUUGUAUACAAAGGAACCAUUUUUGCAGCUGUUGGUUUCGCCGCAGGCCUCGUAGGAACUGCACUCUCAAAUGGGUUGAUUGCGAUGAGGAGGAAGAUGGAUCCAACUUUUGAGACUCCAAACAAGCCACCUCCAACAGUUUUAAACGCAGUGACAUGGGCGCUUCACAUGGGCAUUAGCAGUAAUUUGAGAUACCAAACCCUGAACGGGGUAGAGUUUUUGCUGGAGAAGGGGCUCCCUCCUCUUGCAUUCAAGAGCUCGGUGGUGGUGCUUCGAUGCUUGAACAACGUUCUGGGUGGGAUGUCUUUUGUUAUACUGGCAAGGUUGACAGGAUCACAGAGCAGUGGAGAAGCGAAACCUGAUGCGUCAGAGGGUUCAGAGAAGGGUAAGUUGCUUGACAGGGGAGAGGAGUUGCAGAACAAUCAGUCGACUUUCAAGUGAAGUGAUCGCUCUUGUUAUACACAUGUUUAUACAUGUAAUGAAAAAUCUAAGGUUCCAAGGCGGUGAGUCUUGUCUA